UUCGUUCAGUAUUUGUGGCUUAACAUGUACAAAAUUCAGAUAUCCCAAAGUUAGCCGCUUUAGGUGGUAAACAUUGGGACCAAGUCGGAGUGUUAAAGAUGUUCUGCACAGAGAGCUGUGAGCAUGGAUGCAAUGCAACAUCCUCUGGAAGAUUGCUCUCCAGCGGAAAUGAAAAUGCCUCGCAGCCACCGCAGUUCAAUAUGUGCUGUGCCCCACAGUCGAGCAACGAUGUGGCGAGCAAGUGCGAGAUGGAGCCACCGCGGGUGGGAAUGUGCUUGGUCACCGAAUGUCCAGAGGGUCUGAACAUUGAUUGCAACGUGCCUUUGCCCAACUCCUUUAAUUUGGACGAGUACAGGAAUCAGAUGAUUUGCUCUAGUUGUUGCCAGUUCAGUGGUGGCUUCGUGGAUAGUUAUGGCCCGCCACAGCAGGGGGCAAUCAGUACCAGUCCGAAUUCAAAUCAAAAUCAAAAUCCGAAGCCCAGUCCUAACCAGUCGCCUGCUUGCAGCUUUCAGUGUCAGUGCUCAAACAUUGGAGGAGCUUGCUCCGGGUAUGAUUCGCUCUCAGCUUCUAAGGCUCCCAUGUGUCCUUUGCCAACACCAACAAUGACUCAACGGCAAGAAGCACCGGUGAUGGCUAUGGCCCCACAAACUCGAGGACCUGCUUUAAUGCCGCAAAUUUUUUGCCUGUCAUCACCCAUUUCAGAUGGCGGCUUGUAUCAGCCGGAUCAUGCUCCUAUUUAUUUAUGCAGCCUGAUCCCAGUUUCUCAAUCUUGGAAUGUGUUGCCACUGCUCCAAGCGCAGCAAUUGCCUCAGCGGCAGUUGAUGACGAAUCCUGCACAGGAUUCACAGCUGCCGGCGCAGCAAUUGUUGCGAUGUGACAUGCCCUUCACCCGCCUGCUCGCCGAACUUCGAAGAGAUCGGGAAAGGUCAGGUUGCGAGUUCCAGAUCCCACAGCCGUUGGCUAUCCAACUUUAUGCGCCCACGGUAAAGUUUGUGGAUCAAGCACAACCGAGUCCCGUGAAGGCGGAGACCCGUGAUCCACUAGAAACUCAUUGUGCCCCACCAACAACUCCGCAUCCAUCAAGACCAAGAGCAUCGUCCUCCUCCGUCGGUUUGUCCAGAGCUCGUUCAGACAGCCCGAAGCCCAGUCGAUCCUGUAUCCGGAAUAAGGAUAUGUGGGCAAGUGGUGGUCCAACUACUAGCCACACCCCGUAUCCUUCGGCCGCCCAACAUGGAGCUGGCAAUGUGUGCAUGAAGUGCGGCAAUUGCUGGCACUGUCCGCGAUGCAAUUGCUCGAAUUGCUUCUGGCAUCCCGGCUUGGGGCGAACUCCUCCGAGAGAAAGUAGAUAAAACAUUAGAAUUCAUCACCCGAAGAAAGUAAUAUUUGUAACUAAUAAAUAAUAUAAUAAAAAGUAAAAUUAGAAACUCUAA